AUGGAUGAAGAGGAGAUACAAAGCAUCCAGGAUGAAGACCAAUUUUGCUACCGACAGCUUGAGCAACUUUUCACGAAGUUUCAUUCUUGGUUUUACGAGCUUGGAUUGCCCAUCAUGGAUUUCAUGAGCGGCCCCUGGCAUAAAUACAUAACUGGAGUUCUCUCAAGUCGAGAUUCUUACGACGAAGAACAUAUCUUCCAGACAAGAGAUCUUGGAAUAUUUCUCGAGCCAACUGAGCUUGAAGAGGUCCCUGAAUUCUUCUAUUUGCUUGGUAAUCAGGUUGAAGAACUGGAAUAUGAGAAAGCUGUUUCCGAUGAUGAGGAUGACGAUGAACAUGACGAGUUCGAUGAUGAAACAAAGAAUGGCAGACCAGCCUCUCCAGUAUAA